UCCCGCGCAAUUCGGCGACUUUGUGGACGUGUUUUUGGUUCGCCGCACUCAAACCUGGAGAUUUCACGGUGACAACAGAAAUCACAGAGGAGUUUCGUAACAGUCUGCCUGCUUCUCCUGUAAUUGUUGCACUGGGCCGCUCACUUUUCGAAUGCAGCUGCCAGCUGUUUGUGGACCAUGAGGUGAUGGUGGAAGAUGUGGGCUUUCUGCAAGCUGUGGAGCUCCUUUUUGCCCUUUAUUAUUGUUUAAACAUCCAGUAUGCCAAAGGUGCGGGAACCACAAUUGAGUUCAUUCAGAGAUACCAGGUUGGUAUCAAACAACAUGAUGGGUCACGACAGGAGGCCGGGAGGUCGAAAGGAGCUCGGGCAAGAGCAAUCAAAGCCGCCACAGAUCUUGCUGCUUUUGAGAAAAAAUGGAACAGUGGGUCGAGGGCAGCAACCUUGAUCUGUCAUGGUGCUGAGUGGCUCAAUGUGGCAAUGCACAGCUCAUCUGAUGAUCGAUCGGAUGCCAUGAAGGUUUCUUUAUAAUUAUGUUCUUUUACGGUUUACAAUAUAGUUCUUCAAUUUCAAAACUGC